AUGGAGGACGCUGGAAAGCCCAACACUAUUACUCUGACACAAGAAGACAUGGAGUUUCUCAUCAAUUCCAGAAGAGUUCUCGAUGACCCAUUGCUAAAGCGUUAUCAGAAUUUGAAUGUUGGGAAAUAUUCUGGGAUUACAGACCUAGAGGAUCAUCUGGCUAAAUUUGAGAACGCCUCUCUACUGCAGCAAUUUUCUGAUGGGGCCAAGUGCCGAAUCAAUCAAAGAUAUCACAAGACCCCUUGGAGCCUUUUCUCCAUCAAGCAGGGGCCUAAGGAAAGCAUCAGAGCAUAUAUCAAGAGGUUGAAUCAGGUAGCUAUCGAUGUUCCUAAUACUACUACAAAGUUAUUGGUGAGUGCUUUCUCUCAAGGCCUCAACGAUAAUGAUUUUUUCAAAGACUUAGUACGUAACCCCCCAACCAAUUUUGAUUUGUUGAUUGAGCGAACCACCGAAUUCAUUAAUGUCGAAGAAGCUCAAGCGGCUCGCAAGAAGGAAGGUACAGUGUCUAUCUCAACCACAGUUCACGAGGGAGCUAUAGCCCCUGUUCAUCCGCCAAGGGGGCCUUGUGGGGUUCCCCCUCCACCUCGCCAGCCUGAGCGGAGACCACAAGCAUUUCAGCAUACAGAGAUGCCACAAGAAGCCCCUCGAAGGUGGUGUGCCUAUCACAUAUCGGGCACACACUACACUGAAAAUUGCUUUACUUUAAGAAACCAAAGAACCAACAACAAUCGCUAUCAUCGGCGAUCUCCCAACCGACAUCCCUACCAUAGGCAUAACAGCCCCCCUAAGCGAGAAUAUCAAGCAACUGAGAUACAACAUGGGACAUUGCAGGUGUCGGGCGGGCCAUCCAGAACACAUGAACUGGCACAGCCUGAGAUAGCGAUUGCUCAGCAGGAAGAAAAUCGGAGCAGUGCAGCCCAAGGCAAUAUUAAUAUGAUAACGGGCGGGUCUACUGAUGGAGACUCUAAUCGUGCGAGAAAGGCACACACUCGACGACUACAGAUCCAUGCAGUCGGGUGUAGCGCGGAAAAGGCAGUAGGACCAGAAAUCAGUUUUGAUCCCAAAGAUCCGGAGGGAGUGGAAGUAGCCCACGAUGAUGCUCUCAUAAUAAAAGCAGUCAUAGCUAACUAUAAUAUUUCCCAUACUUUCAUUGAUAUCGGUAGUUCUGUCAAUAUUAUUUUCAAGAAAGCUUUUGAUCAGUUGCAGAUAGACCCGAGUGAGCUACAACCCAUGGCAACUCCCCUUUAUGGUUUCACGGGUAAUGAAGUUCAACCGCUUGAUCAGAUAAAAUUGGCCAUCUCUCUAGGGGAAGAGCCUCUCAUGAGAACCAGGAGAUCUUAUUUCAUGGUGGUAGAUGCACCUUCUGUGUAUAACGUUAUAUUGGGUCGGCCGGCUUUGAACGAGUUUCGGACGAUCGUUUGUACCUUCUGCCAGAAGGUUAAAUUUUCCGUCGAUGACCAAGUAUGA